GUAGAUUUUCAACACCUCAUCUGGAGUCUCACGCUUGAAGGUAACUUGGCGGUUUGUCCAGCUCAUCGAACAGCGAAGCGUGUCCUGGACAUGGGCACUGGGACCGGCGUAUGGGCGAUAGCUUUUGGUUGUUCAGGUCAGGUCAUCGGUGUUGACUUCAGUCCUAUUCAACCUUCGUGGGCUCCACAUAAUUGCACAUUUGAGAUUGACGAUCUCGAAAAACCCUGGGCCUGGCACGAGCCAUUCAACUUCAUCUUCUGCCGUACCAUGGAAGGAUCGUUUGCUGAUCCACAGCUGAUCAUCCAAGAGAUAUACGACAAUCUGACACCAGGGGGUUGGUUCGAAGCCGGGGGGUUUGUCCUUCCUAUGGGCUGCGAUGACGGCAGCGUUCCCGAGGAAUCGGCCCUGCGGAGAUGGCACGACCUAAUGGCACAGGCAGGUGAGCAGUGUGGACGCUCAAUUGAGAGCCCAUCAAAAUAUACCAAAGCCAUCGAGGACGCCGGGUUUGUGGACAUUGUUACCCAUAAAUUUGUCUGGCCCUUGAAUACGUGGCCCAAGGACAAGAGAUUCAAAGAGAUUGGAAGAUGGAUGGUUCUCAACCUCGACAUGGGCAUUGAGGCACUGACUUUGGGUCUUCUUACGCGCGUCAUGGGCUGGACAGAAGAAGAAGUCUUACGUUUAUGCGACGACGUUCGGAAAGACUUGUCAAAGACGUGGUACCACGCAUACUGGAAUGUGCACGUUGUUUAUGCUCGGAAACCAUUGCAGACCGAGUGCGACCCAGAGAGCCAGAGGGAGGCAGGUCCUUGUCCUCGGUCUGAACCACCCGGGCCAGCCAAAUCACCUGAACCACUGAAAUUACCUCAACCACCCAAAUCAUCUGGAUCACCUACGCAUGAAUCGCCCAAGUCAUCGGGGUCAUCCGAUUCGCCUCCCAGAAAACGGAAGAGGGGUUGUGAGGCGCUUUCAGAUCCGUGA